ACAUCUGGGUGCACGUGUCUGCAUACAGUAUAUAAAGAGCCACUCGGAUCACUUUCAGUUUAUUCACAUCCUUUGUAAUCAGGUUGCUGUACACAGCUGGAUGAUGGAGAGUGAGCAUAGUAGUUAUGAAGACAUUCCUGAUGCUGAUGAAAGCAGUAAGCAAAUGGAAGGGGUGUUUCACAGUCAUUUGGAUGAGAAGGUUCGUCCUUUUAUUGAUCUGAUUGACUCUUUGAGACUGAUUGGUAUUGAAGAAGAUCUGGCUUUACCAACUAUAGCUGUAAUUGGAGAUCAGAGUUCUGGGAAAAGCUCUGUGUUGGAAGCACUAUCUGGAGUAGCAUUACCCCGAGGGAGCGGUAUUGUUACGAGGUGUCCACUGGAGCUGAAGCUGAGGAAGAUUAAAUGUGGCGUUCAGUGGAAAGCUGUAAUAUCUUAUGGAGAUGAGUUUAUUGAGUUUAAUGACCCAUCACUGGUUGAGGGUUACGUGGAGGCAGCCCAGAAUGAGCUGGCUGGAGAAGGUGUUGGAAUUUGUGAUGAACUCAUCACUUUGGAGAUCAUGGCUCCUGAUGUGUGUGACCUUACACUGAUCGAUCUUCCUGGGAUUGCCCGAGUUCCUGUAAAAGGUCAACCAGAGGACAUUGGAUAUCAGAUCAAAAAUCUCAUAGGAAAAUAUAUAGAGAAGGAUCAAACUAUAAAUUUAGUUGUGGUGCCAUGUAAUGUUGACAUUGCAACAACAGAAGCUCUGAAAAUGGCACAGGAAGUGGAUCCUGAAGGGAAAAGGACUUUGGCUAUUCUUACAAAGCCAGACCUUAUAGACAGGGGAACAGAGAAAAACAUCUUGGAAAUAGUACGAAAUCAGGUGAUUCCUCUAAGUAAAGGAUACGUCAUCGUGAAGUGCCGAGGACAAAAGCAAAUUGAUGACAGGAUCUCUCUGGCUGAGGCCACUCGAGUAGAGAAGGAAUUCUUCAGACGUCAUGAGUACUUCGGUUGCCUGUUGUAUGAAGAAAAAGCUACUAUUCAGUGCCUUGCCACCAAACUGACUCAAGACCUGGUAGAUCACAUCAAAAAAUCAUUACCUUUAAUCUCAGAAGAGAUCAAAAAGCAGCUGUGGAGCAUGAGAAAAGAGCUGAGUCAUUGUGAAACCGGCCCACCACUGGACCCGCUUAAGAAGAAGAUCUUUUUUAUAGAUACCUUGACAAAGUUCAACGAUAAGAUCAACCGCUUGGCAUCUGGCGAGGUGGUCAACGAUGACAACUUGUUUGUACUGCUUCGUUCUGAGUUCAAAAAAUGGAAAGAUCAUCUUGACAACACAAAGGCAUCAUUCCACAACAUGGUCCAGGAGGUGGUGAAAGAAUAUGAUCUGAAGCACAGAGGACGAGAGCUCCCUGGUUUCAGUGACUACAAGGUGUUUGAGAUGGUGGUGCAGAGGCUUGUAAAACUGCUAACAACACCAGCCACUGACACACUCAAAGUCAUAAGAGAAACCAUACAGAAACAGUUUCAGGAUGUGUCCAAAACCUGCUUCCUCAACUUCCCUUUCCUCCAGUGUGUUGCAACGAACAAGAUAGACAACAUUCAGUCAAAGCAGGAGGCCAAGGUGGAGCAGAGGAUCAUGGAGCAGUUUGAGAUGGAGCAACUGGUCUACACUCAAGAUGGAAUCUACUUCAAGACCUUGAAUGAGACUAACUCUGCUGAGGGACAAAAAGCUUCAGAAGACAACUUUGCUGGGUUUGACAACAGAAACAAAUAUCCUGAAAUGCUGAGGGCUUAUUACGAGAUUGUGGUGCAGCGCUUGGCUGACCAGGUGCCUAUGCUGAUCCGAUACUUCAUGCUAAAGGAAUCUGCGCAGCUGCUGUGCAGUGAGAUGCUGUGUUUAAUGGACGGUGCCAACGUGGCCGAGGCUUUGCGUGAAGAAUCGGAGAUCAGCAGACGUCGUGUUGACAUCCAGAACCGCACAGACCGCCUUACACUUGCUCAAGAGAAACUCAGCAACUUUGUUUGAAACCAGGGGGGCAGUGCAUAGCAGGGUUUUAUAUCAGUAAUUUAUAUUCAGCUAUUUUCCGUUAACUGAAUGAGGUGUGUAGAAACACUGAUCUCCGUAGAUUUGUGGCCCUUCAGAACCGACACCAACGAUCUACAAUGAUUUUUUAAAAAUAUUUUACAAAAUAUAACCGUCAAUAUUAAAAUUAAAUGUGUAGCUAAUUUUUUUUAGGUAUGUUGAAAUAACUUGAAGUACUUAUAUAUGAACUAUAUUUCAGUUAGUGUCAUAGCUGACAUGUUUUGACCUUUUAAGAACCAGUAUCAAAUGCCGUUGGUAAGAUAUAUCUGGGCCAUUCACUGGGCAUAUGAACAAUGGCCCCAAGUCAAUCCAAAUUUGCAAAAGACCAUUUUAUGAUUUGUUUUGUUUAGUUCUGUAACCUCCACAUUAAACACUUGAUUUGGAUUUAAACAUCCUGACUUUUUAUUCAAUCUCGUCUUCAACUGAGUGUGUACAACAGUUAAGCAAUACCACAACAGAGGGAGUGCUGUUGUGAUGAUUAUCAGCAAUGCUGUGAUACGGUCAGAUGCACAAGGGAGCAGCCUGAUGGGGUUAUAGCCACGCUGAUAUUCGGCACAACCUCAAGUGAUAUUGCUUAUAUUGUGUUUGUAUCACUAACACCACUUAACAGAUUUAUUAUUUAUUUAACCAGUUAUUUUGUAGUAUGUAGGCAAAUUGUGAGAAGAAUAAAUCAUGUAGGUGAUGGAAAGUACUAUAAAUUUGUUUCUCUUUACAUUUACAUUUCCAAGUGUCUCUUAUGACACUUGCUUUUGCUUUAUGUGUGUGCACACGUGUGUUAUAAUAAACAAUACUUCCAUUUCCAGCUCUAGAAUAUCAGCUCUGUUAACACCGAGUUCCAGGGUUAAAUCCCAAAUAGCUUUAAACGAAAAGCUAGUGCACUAGGGUGUACAAUCCCAUUUCCCAGAGGCAAGAUAGGACCCUUAAUUAUGGGCUAGGGAGGGAUUUGAGAUUCAGCCAUGCAUUAGAAGCUAGUUAGCAUUGCAGCUCAAUUUAGGUGUAAAAAUUGACAAUUUAGAACUUGAAAGCAAUAAAACAAAAAGUAUUGUUUAAAAUGUCAACGUUAUACACAUUUUCUUGUCAUUAGUGCAUCUGUGACAGGUUUUGAAGUAUUUUUUGGCAUGUAACUGUUCUCUCCUUUAUGUCCCUGAAUAUCUAUGCAACAUUAAAGUUAUUAAAAUAUU